AUGACAGAUCCGGCCUUGGAUCCAGAAGCAAUCCACAACGACUUCCAGCAAUACUUGUCACUGUUAAUGGGUUUCAUCACGCCUCCGGAAAAUUCAAAAGACACGGUGAGUAAACUGCGCAGGUUGAUCACGUUCAAAUGGACCGACAGUGUUCUGCCAAAAGGAAGUCCUCCCGUGAUGGAGCCCGAUGCGAUGUUCGAAGUUUGUUCCAUGUGUUUCCUUCUGGCUCUGUGGCACACCAAACAUGCUGCGAAGAUUUCCGCAAAAGAAGAAGUUUCGCAAGAGGAAGCCAAAGAGGUUUACAUGUCGCUUCGUCAAGCCGCUGGUAUUUUCAAACUACUUCGAGAUAAAUAUGCUCCCAAUAUGUUGGCUCCUGCGCAACCGGGUCAUGAUCUUUACGUGGAUGUACUCGAAGCUUAUAUUAGCCAAUGUUUGGCUGAGGCACAAGAGGUGACUGUCGCCCGAGCCAUCGAACUAAAACAUGAACCAAGUCUGAUUGCUGCUCUCUCGAAGGAGACCUCAAAAGCCUAUGAGCAUGCAUGUAACUUGGCCAUAGAUGAUGUUCUACAAAAUGCGUUACUUAACGUAGCAAACACUGAUGUCGAGCUUCCUCUCGGAGUCGUAGGCUAA